AUGAAAUUGCCCUUUGCUUCAUCGCAGAACAACCUAUCCUCUUCUACCAACGUCAAGCAGGAAGUCACCGCUGGUGGAAGUAAUCGCUACGAACCUAAAUCGGUUCUCGACGUGCGAAGGAGUCCGCCUAGUCCGAUUACUGGUAAGCCUUCGGAAUUCAAUUCCACCGAUCAUACUAGUGUUGUGUUUUCGUCCUUGGAGGAUCCGUUGCCGUUGGAUAAUAUUGAACAUGGAAUGAUCCAUCAGUUUGAAGAAUGGGAUUCUCUCAUGAGGGAAUUGGGUCUUCAUGAUGAUUCUACUAAAUCUGCUUACCCUCUUGAUCUUCCCGAGUUGCCACCGAUUCACACGGAAGCGACUGCCCCGCCGACGGCUAUGUUCUUUCACUCGGAUUUCGAGAACUUGAAUCCGAAUCUGAACGCACUUGAUUUCAUGAGUCAGGAUGAUGAUGAUAGCAAUAAUAACAAUGGAAAUAGAUUUGAUUUUGUAGAUGAGUUGAUUCGGAUCGCUGAGUGCUUUGAGACUCGGUCUAUCCAGCUGGCUCAAGUGAUAAUGGCGCGGCUCAAUCAGCGCCUCCGUGCGCCUACCGGAAAAGCGCUUCAGAGAGCUGCUUUUUACUUCAAAGAAGCACUUCAGUCUCUACUCACUGGACCAACUCGUAUGACUCAGUCUUCUUCUUCGUCGGAGAUUGUUCAAGCGAUCAAAGCGUACAAGACGUUUUCAAACGUCUCUCCGAUUCCGAUGUUCUCGGACUUCACCGCCAACCAAGCGAUGCUCGAGGCAGUGGACGGUGCGAUGAUCGUGCACGUUAUCGAUUUUGACAUCGGCCUGGGAGGUCGUUGGGCGUCGUUCAUGAAAGAGAUCGCCGAGAAAGCGGAGUCUCGGAAGGUUCAUUCGCCGGCUGUCAGAAUCACCGCUGUCGUUCCGGAGGAGUAUGAAACGGAAUCGAAAUUGAUCAGAGAUAAUCUAUGGCAGUUCGCUCGUGGUCUCAAAUUACGAUUCGAUAUAGAUUUCGUCUCCUUUCGAAAUUUCGAGUACCUGUCGUUCAAAGCAAUCAAGUUCAUGGACGGAGAGAAGACAGCAGUUCUCCUGUCGUCAACCGUAUUCCACCGCAUAGGCGCCGGUUUCAUCAACGAUCUCCGGCUAAUUUCGCCACAUGUUAUCGUUGUCGUCGACGGCGAAGGGCUGAUGGGAGGUGAACCUUCGUUCUUCCGUCAAACGGUAAUCGACGGGCUAGAAUUCUAUUCAACGCUACUCGAAUCGUUGGAGGCGGCGAACGUUGGUGGCGGCGGAGGGAAUGACUGGAUCAGGAAAAUAGAGAUGUUUGUGUUACUGCCUAAGAUAACUGCGGCGGUGGAGGCGUCGGGCCGUCAAGUGCCGUCGUGGCGGGAGGCGUUCAGUAGGACCGGCAUGAGGGCAGUGGGGAUGAGUCAAUUCGCUGACUUUCAGGCGGAGUGUUUACUGAGGAGGGUACAAGUGAGGGGAUUCCACGUGGUGAAACGACAAGCGGAGAUGGUGCUUUGCUGGCAUGAUAGGCCCCUUGUUGCCACGUCAGCAUGGAGGUUUUAACCCAUUUAAAAGUUAAAUCAUAGUCUAAUAUUAUCAUUAAUCUACUAUUUUCUUUGCUUUUUUUUUUAUAAUUUUGUUGCAUAUUAUGAAAAAUAAAUUAAAAUUAGGGAUAAUAUUGUG